CAAUUAUAUUAAUGUCAUCUCGAUGGCAUUCCGGUGAAAAUUAUUCUCCUCGAUGCUGGAUAUGACUUGGUUGCUUCACCGUUCGGUGUUGCUGCAAUCGUUGCUCCUUCAUAUACUAGUCGCUUGAUAAGGCUAUGACCCUCGACCUAACUGAUCAUUCCCCUCAUCAGCUCAAUCUCAGUCCAAGCAAUUGGAUAUUCCUGGCCCUCAUAACUAAGCUCCUUCGAAAGAAACAAAAUGGCAGACCAGAAGUCUUGGUCGCAAGAGACCUUCUCAUAUGGACAGGAUCACAGUCUUCAGACUGUCUCGGUAACCACCUUGCCGCAUGCCCCUCACACAGGCUACUGGGUUGUCUUAAUCCAUGGUGGUGCAUGGCGCGACCCGACGCAAAAUGCUUCAAACUUUCAAGAACCUGCCGAAUCCAUCCUCCGAACUCACCCCGAUUACGUCUCCCAAACACUCUCACACAUCGCAGGAUUUGCUUCCAUAAAUUACCGACUCAGCUCUCAUCCGAACUACCCGCAGUCUCUUGAAGAUACAGAACUCACGGAAUUCCGCGAUGCCAGACACCCCGACCACUUCCACGACGUGCAGGCAGCUCUGGCUCUUUUGCAAAGCAAGUACGAAUUUGGAGAACGGUACAUCCUCAUAGGACAUAGCUGUGGAGCGACACUAUCGUUUCAGACCGUGAUGGGGUCUUUACAAGCAAGUAAAGAUACUCCCCUUCCGACUGCGAUUGUGGGAACGGAAGGGAUUUAUGAUUUGAGGCUGUUCCGAGAUGCUUUCAAGAAUGUGCCUGUGGUCCAGGAAUUCGUUCAGCAGGCGUUUGGUUCCAACGAGGCUCUGUGGGAUGCUGUCUCUCCAGCUAAACAAGAAGGCCCAGCUGGUGUCGAGGGUGGAUGGAAAGCAGGUCGGCUCGCUGUGCUGGCGCAGUCGCCGGACGAUGUGCUGGUGGAUGGCGGCCAGAUUGAAGCGAUGAAACAGACUCUCAAGCGGUGGGAACAAAGUCAUACGCAGGAAACCCCAAGGCGAGUCCUUGUGCUUCCCCUCACGGGCGAACAUGAUGACCCUUGGUUAAAGGGCGAAGGUCUAGCAAAGGCCAUUGCAGUUACGGUCAAAGAGCUUCAGGCAAUGGGCCUGGUUUCUUCAUCCUAAAUCAUUCCUAACCACCAACAGGAAGUAGAUAUACACUUUUGCAUUAGAAUGUUAUACUUACGAGUCGUGGUAGGUAUAAUGCAAAUCAUCACGUAAAUCUAAAUCAGAUGGACAUUACAGACUACAUAAAGCACAAAAGAAAUAUUUGCGGAA